AAAUCCUCUUGAAGUUAUACACGAAAGAUAUACAUCCUUUUACCAAGCGCGCGUUUUGCGGUUAGUUAGUCCCAAAGUUCGCCACGGACGCGCCACAUGUAUUCCAGAUUCGAGAAACGUAUCUGAAUCUGAAUUCUGAAUCUCAACGAUAUCCUGAUCAGUCCUGACUGACCAGUCCUGUAAUCGUGUGGCUUUCACCGCUAGUUACGAGCUGGUACGCGUGUGUUUGUGCGACCUGGUGAUUCAAAUGUGAAAAGGAUCUCGUCGUAUAUCAUACUAUAUACCGAGAUCUAGCGCGGCCUGUCUGUCACAUUCCGGGAAUGUACGAAACGCGAAUGAUAAUAAGGCUAUCGACGGCGGAUCUCAUAUUUAUGGAGCGCACGCCGCGAUAAUACAAUAAUAAAUCAUCGUCGAACGGAUGUAGGGAACGCCGACAGCAGCCACCGACUCGGAAUUGGGCGUGUGUCGCGUAUGAGAAGGCAAUCACUUGAGCGAGCGCACGCGCGCGCGCGCGCGCACGCACGCACGCAACACAUACACGGACACGACGGACACGCACGGUGGGCUUUUGACGGAUCCGUGACUAUUCGCCCUGCAAUGGCGCCUGGCGACUCGCCUACUUUCUAAGCUCGCCGCGGUGAGAGGGGCCGCCGAUCAGUCUCGCGUUCCACAAGCCGGAUUGUCGGACUUAUAUGUGAUCGUCGAUAACGCUGUUUAGGAGGAUUGGAAUUCAGAAGAGUCCACGUCUCUAGAGUAGAGUUCCCUCUUUCUCUCUCUAUCACCCGACGAAUAUAUAAUCGCGCGCGCAUGCUGUUCUUCGCGGCGAUGUAUCAGCCUCGCGACAGGACGUCCCAGGAGUCCAGGAUAUCCGGAGAAUGCGCGGCACCGCCUCGGAGCAUUUCCUCGCGGAUGUGAUCCUUUCUUCAAGGCUCGUCCCUUCUCGCGCUAUCCAGCCAACGAUUCCGUGGCCUGUUCCGCUCCUCUACGCUCCGUUGUCGUCGGGACGACACAGCUGACACAGAUCUCGCAGUUAUGAUUCGAUCUUACGGAUGUGCUGCGUCUCGUAGAUCCCUCGCGGGGAAUGUAUGACACGCGGAUUCAUCUACGAAGGUGACUGGAAAAGUGCGCGCGACGAUUCUCUCGACAUCUCUCGAUCGUUCAACGCCUAGAUAUUUAGGGAUCGCUUCGUAGAACUGUACGAACUGUAACGUAUUCCUUCGCGGUACGAAUCCUCGUACAGCGAUUUCGAUUGCGUUGUUAAAUGCAACGAGGAGGAGGAGGACGACGACGACGUGUCCCGUGGGCAACGACGCGGCGAAUCAUUUUUGAAAGAACUGUAGUCUCAGGAUAGAGACAAGAACGAAUCAAGCAUGGGGAACUGUUUCAGCAACCCGACCGACGUGGAGAAGGAGAAGCCGGACAGGAUCGGUAAUCCCAGCAUCGAGGCGGUCGCGUCGCAGGUUAAUCCUGUGCCUACGCCACCGCCUGAUCCCAUAAGGCCGAUCCCGCAGAUCCCGGACACGGAUAUGUCGACCGCAAAGAUAUUCGUUGCUCUUUACGAUUAUGACGCUCGUACGGACGAAGAUCUCAGCUUCAGGAAAGGAGAGCACUUGGAAAUAAUCAAUGACACUCAGGGCGACUGGUGGCUCGCCAAAAGCAAAAGGACCAGGCAGGAGGGCUAUAUUCCCAGUAAUUACGUCGCCAAACUCAAGUCGAUCGAGGCAGAACCAUGGUAUUUCAGGAAGAUUAAGCGAAUCGAGGCCGAGAAAAAAUUGCUUCUACCGGAAAACGAUCACGGCGCGUUUCUGAUAAGAGACUCCGAGAGCCGGCACAACGAUUACUCCCUUUCAGUGCGCGAUGGUGACACAGUAAAGCAUUAUCGUAUCCGUCAAUUGGACGAGGGUGGCUUCUUCAUCGCCAGACGAACCACUUUCAGGAAUCUACAGGAUCUCGUGGAGCAUUACAGCAAGGAUGCGGACGGUCUAUGCGUUAAUCUGUGCAAGCCGUGUGUGCAAGUUGAGAAACCCGUAACGGAGGGCCUUAGUCACCGUACGCGGGACCAAUGGGAGAUUGAUCGUUCGUCGUUGAAAUUCCUGAGAAAAUUGGGCCAGGGACAGUUUGGCGAGGUCUGGGAAGGUUUGUGGAACAACACCACACCGGUGGCGAUAAAAACGCUCAAGCCGGGCACAAUGGAUCCAAAGGACUUCCUCGCUGAGGCACAGAUCAUGAAGAAGCUCCGACACGCCAAGUUGAUUCAAUUGUAUGCCGUGUGCACGAUGGAAGAGCCGAUCUACAUUAUCACGGAAUUGAUGAGGAAUGGCAGUUUACUGGAAUACUUACAAGGUACGCAAGCACAAGGUACGCAUGGUUUGGCUCCCUCAUUGGCCUUUUUAUUGUCUCUAACUAAAUUGUAGUCAUCCCGAAAUAUUGCUGCAAAAUCAAUAAAGCUAAUAUUUGUAUAAUCAUAUCUUUCCGUUGGAUUAUUGUUAUAGCGCAAUUAUGUACAAUUUUUUGCACGCUUUCCUAUCAAGUGGACCGCGCCUGAGGCCGCCAACUACAGCAAAUUUAGUAUUAAAUCCGACGUAUGGUCGUUUGGUAUUCUCCUUACUGAAUUGGUCACGUACGGUAGAAUACCUUAUCCAGGUAUGACAAACGCUGAAGUUCUUCACCAGGUGGAGCACGGCUAUAGAAUGCCGAAUCCACCCAAUUGCCCCGAGACGCUUUACAAUAUCAUGUUGGAAUGUUGGAACAAAGAUCCUAUGAAGAGACCGACAUUUGAGACACUUCAGUGGAAACUCGAAGACUUCUUCACUAUGGAGGGUUCCGAAUACAAGGAAGCGUCUGCGUAUUAAGUAAUGGAUAUUUCUCUUCGUAAAAACGAUUCUUCCUUCACAUUACUCUAUUGAAAGAUGCAAUCGAUGUUGUUAUAUCGAUGGCGGUCAUUACGAUUUUCUUCAUUGAUCUAUAUAUGCAAGUUUUCACGGUACUUCUGGAAGAGUACCGCGACCUUUAUACUCGAACGAUCAUGAUCAUUUCGCGGACGAUGGUGAUAGUAUAAUUUUAUUUAAUGAUAGGUUUUUCUCCUUUUCUCUCCAUCUUCCACGAUUUUCUUUCUUUUUCUCCUUUUUUUACAUUCUCGUCUUCGCACAUUGUAUCUGCCAUAAAGCUCGAAGAUUGAUAUUUGUACAUUUUUACUUAUAUGACUUGACAAACGUAUAUAUUGGCAUUUUGAUAUGCUCUAUCGUCGCGCGGCGACGAGGUUUUAGAUAUCGUUUUAGACCGCAGUAAGAAUGUUAUACACACAUAGACGUUAAAUGGCCUUUGUAAAAUCGUUUAUAAGUGUCAGUUAAUGUGAGGUAGUGACCUCGACCAUUCGUAGGUAUGACAAUUCCAGAUGAUGAUGCCGCGCGAUCGGCAAUAAUAGCGAUGUAAUAUAUUCGUGUGUACGAUAUUAAUAUUGUAUUUCCCUUAUUACAAUUCCCGUACGCAUUACGUAAGCGACGAUCAAGAGAGUCAAUCCUUCGAUAAAACUGUACUACCGACAAUGUUAAAAGGACAAAACGACGGACCACGGAUGCACAACUUUAUCAUUCCUUCUCGUUCGAGCGUAACGACUCGGAAUUCAUUACGACGAACUCUCGGGAGAUAUAUAUACGAAAGUUUCGCCGACGAACGAUCUUGCGCAUGCAGUUUGCAUGUGUACGCGAAGAUUGAGGAUUUAUUAACCGGUCCGUCCAAGAGAAUGCGGAAGACUGUUGUGUCCUUGCGGCGACUGCGUUGAACGACGUUAUACCCUUUCGUCUAUUUGUCGCGAAACCAUUAGUACUGACUCAGCUAACUGCCAGCUAACGUUUUCUAAGGUACACUUGUUACUUGUAACAUAUAAGAUCACCUUCCGCAAGUAUACACGAGAGUGUACGCAUCUACGAAUGCACACUCAAAUAUCUGUGUAUCGGGGAUGUUUGCAUCUGAAAACGUGGAGAAUCAGUAUAUCGUCGAAUAUUUUUUAAGUAUUCCAAAAAAGAAUGUAUUUACAUCACAUUAUUAAUCUUUUGCGGAGUCUCAAGCCGAGAUAUUCCCGGCACACGCGCAAGUCACUCGUUUGAAAAUGUAAUGCAAUUCCAUCUAUCUUAUCGCGCACGCAUCGGAUUGAUCAGAACCACAUUAAAUGCUUGAAUGACAAUUGUCUUUAUAUAAGAAAUAAACAUAGUUUAUCUUAUCACAGAUAGUUUACGCAAAAAGGUGAGAUUUUUUCGGAUUUACAUAUAUCAUUCAUUUGCUUUUUCAAUAUCAAAAAAUAUAUUAGAUAUUUUACACAUUUAUUUAUUAAAUAUUAUAUAUUAUAAUUAAAUAUAUAUUUACUAUUUAUUCAUUAAUUUUUGUACAUUAAAAACUAGCUAGCUGCACAUCAUAUGAAUAUAAUCAGACCAAUGGAAGAUUGUCAUAUCAAUCGGCUUGAGACCGCAAAGAGUUAAUCAUUAUUUGGUUAUACAUUCAUGUGUGUUAUCUCGAAUUUAUCAUUUUUAUAUAUUUUUAUAAAUCGUGUUUAAGCGUUUUAUUAUACUCAUUUGUCGCGUGAUUUUUCACGUUAGCGAGUACGUGACUCGAAUAAUUGAAAAUAGUUAUUAUGCGGAUAAAAAUAAGUGGAUAAAAUUAAAUAUACUUCAUAAAUGUAUGCAUUCAUAACGGUAAAUGAUGUAAAAUUAUAUAUAGAUAUUUUAGCAAUAUGUUACUCUCUUUUAAUACAUAUGCGCGCACGUGCGCGCUCCACACACACAUACACAUACACACACAUGCAAAAAUAUGUAUGGAAUGUGCCAAAAAACCAUCGCCAUUCCUUUUGCCUAUCGAUUCUACGACGAAUUUCGAGUCGACUUUUAUUGCAAUAAAAAUUUUAUUGUAAAGACUUUUCUUUACGAUUAAAAAAUUUGUUCCAUUAACUUCGUUUUAAGAAAUAAAGUGUCAAAAUAAUAUUACGCUAAUAAGAAAAAAUUCUAGAACUACUCUAGAAAAGUCGACUCUAAUUUCGUCAGAGAAUAUGCCUCGGAGAUUUGAUGCACAGAUCUCUUACUGAACACUAUACACAUGCAUCUUCUGUUCUGAAGAAGUCAGAGCUGUGUUAAUAGUACCAAAUUGAUCGUGAAUUUCAAAGAGGUGUGCUCACAGGCGAUAUCAUUAAUCAUACGAUAAAUUUUUAUAAUAUUGUUAUCACUUUGUGUAAUGAUCAAUUUUCUCGUAGAAAAUACGAUUUCCUUCAGUAAGUACUAUCCUCAGUUGUAGAAAAAAACAUUUAAAAUUAGUAAAAGAAAAAAUACGUUAUUUGUAAGAAAACAGAUUCAAGCAAGUUAUUGUUCAUUUUGAGAAAUUUGCAAAUAUCGCCAAACUGUAUGCAGAAAAUUAUCAAGAAUUAUCAUUUAUGAUAGCACUAUAGUAAGAAUUAAUUAAGAUAAAGAGACUAUAUAUAAUUAAGAAAUGUAAUGCAACGAUUACAAGCACAAAACGGAUGAAAGUUUACUGGAGCUAUUUGUUAAUCUUUAUCCGGGCAAAGUUUUUUUCUAUAAUAUUGGAAGGAUAGAGAGGUGCGAUUUCCUUUCGAAUAAUUAUGUAUAAUAGAAAUCUGUGGCGAGUGAAGAUAAAAUUACGUUAGAUGUAUAAGAGAAAUAAUCGACAAAAUAAACGGAACAGUUUUGUUUAC